UAAAUUUUAUCUUCAACGGAGAUAGGAUUCCAUUAAAAAGAAAAGAAAAAUAAAAACGAGAAAUAAAAAGAGCGCGACAAAAGAGAGCGAAACGGGGGGAGUAGUGAGUAAGUAGAGAGAGUUGAGGUUGAGUAUGCUUCAACUGGGUAGGAUCGUACGACAAUGGCCGAUUUUCAAGGACCAUUACUGUGCUUUUGCGGCUUACCAUCGUUCUCCAUUCUCACAUUCACUACCGCCCAACACCAAAACAACACUUCAUCGUUUCGCAUCAACUAGAGUGCGUUCCGCUCGCCGCAACAACCUCCGUCGAUCAGGCGGCCUUAUAUUGCCCAAGUCCCCGGCACCGUCUGAUCUUCAGGUUGAAAAAGACGAAAGCGGUUCGGAAUCCGAUGGUUCCAAGAGCCGGAACCAGUUGAAGCGCGAAGCUCAGCGCGCUGUGCGUUGGGGAAUGGAGCUCGCUUCCUUCUCCACACCUCAAAUUAAACGUAUCCUGAGUCUGGCUUCUCUUGAUAACGAUGUGUUUGAAGCCCUAAAGCUGGCCAAGAAAUUGGGUCCUGAUGUCCGAGAAGGAAAGCGAAGGCAGUUCAAUUACGUUGGAAAACUACUACGCGAGGUAGAACCAGAGUUGAUGGAUACAUUAAUUCAGGCUACAAAAGAUGGUGACCAUAGUAAGCUACAGAUAUUAGUUGGUUCAAGGACAAUGAACGAUGAAGAUAGUGAUGAAGUGUAUGAAGAAACUGAUAGUGAAGAGGACGUGGAGGAAUUUCACAUUGAUAUAGCAACCAGAUGGUUGGAUGGCUUAGUCAAUAAAGACAUUGAGAUAACAAAUGAGGUUUACUCAAUUCACAGUGUUGAUUUUGAUCGUCAGGAAUUGCGUAAACUUGUUAGAAGAGUCCACGAAUCUCAAGAAAAGCUCAAGAAUGCUGUUGAGGAAAAUAAGGGGGAAAUAGAUGCCGCGAUUCUGCUCGCUAGAAGAUCUCUCAAGCGUUUCCUUCUUGUACUUGUGAAGCAAAUGCCGAGUGCCUGAGUAUGUGAUUGAGACUCCAAAUGGUAAGAAUAAAGGGGAAAGACUCAAGGGGAUGCUACAAAGGGGCAAUCGUAUAGGAUUUGUCAUAAUGAAAACAGCAAUUUUUUCCUGAUAAAAUAAGCAAUCCUCCUGCCUGACAAUAAUGGUGUCAAGUGUUUCAAAUUUUGCCUACUUUUUGCAUCAGCUGAUGUGAUUUUAAUAUUUGGCCAUACAUAUUAAGUCGGUUUUGACAUUGUUAUCACAUAAUAAUUGAGAAGAAACUUACAAAACAAGUGUUGCCAUUUUUUCUUCUUUCCAAGUACUUUAAUUUAUGUAAGCAGACAGUAUGAUUUCACACAUUCUAUAUUCUAAUAAAUUCCCUUAGGUGUGUAUUUUAAUACUUUCGAA